GUAAAAUCAGUGUAGUUCGUUGCCUCGUCGUGAGCGGUUGUCUGCCUGCCAUAUAGAGCCAAUUUCGACUUAGUUCCUCUCUUACCAGAGUUGGUAACACGAAAUACGUAAACCUAACACCGAAAAACCCGUCAACCGAAUAACAACAACUUGAAGCGUGCAGCCAAAGCGAACCAUUGGAUUAUCGCGCACGUUUCUCAAACAAUCAGCAAAAAACUAACAAACAAACACAACCAACAAAUUUUUAUUUUGACAAACACACAUGUUUUAGUUGAGCAAAUGUGACAAAACAUAAAAUUGGCAACCCAAAAAAUCAAUCUAAAAGUGAAACAGUGAAAACUCAAACACAUCACACAAACAAAACCAAAACACUGCAUUUUGCAUUUUAAGUUCUGUUCAUCAACGAUUUCAUCUGCUGAAAACCAUAAAUUGUUGCCAAACAAUCUCCUAAGAAACACAAUAGAACUAUGGAAAACUGAAAAUCCCAACGAAAACUCCCGAGCGAAACGCAAAAGCAACACAGAGACGAAAAUCUGAAAGACAGAGAACACAAAGGAAAAACACAGACCCCAAGAUGCAGCGAAACAUGAUGAUCGCGUUCGUGGGCAUCUGGUGCAUUUUGGCCAGCAUUGGUGUGGAGCCCGCGGCGGGUUUGGCCAAUUGCCCGCCCGGCUGUCAGUGCGACGAUAAUACCUUGGUGGUUCAGUGCGGCGAGGGCCAGCUGGACGUGCUGCCCAUCGCCCUGAAUCCCUCCAUCCAGCGACUGGUGAUCAAGAGCAACAAGAUCAAGACCAUCGACUCGUCGAUCCAGUUCUACGCGGAGCUGACCUUCCUCGACUUGUCCUCGAAUCAUUUGAUGACCAUCCCGCAGCGCACUUUUGCCUACCAAAAGAAGUUGCAGGAGGUGCACUUGAACCACAAUAAGAUUGGCCAAAUCAGCAAUAAGACCUUUAUUGGUUUGUCGGCGGUGACUGUUCUGAAUCUGCGUGGCAAUCAAAUUUCUGAGUUGCACCAGGGAACUUUCAGCCCGCUUCUCAAGAUUGAGGAGUUGAACUUGGGCGAGAAUCGCAUUGGCUACUUGGACCCCAAGGCCUUCGAUGGACUCACCCAGCUGCGCAUUCUCUACCUGGAUGACAAUGCCUUGACCACAGUUCCGGAUCCCGUGAUUUUCCAGGCCAUGCCUAGUUUGGCUGAGCUCUACCUGGGCAUGAACACCCUGCAGACCAUUCAAGCCGGUGCCUUCCAGGAUCUGAAAGGACUCACUCGUCUGGAACUGAAGGGCGCCAGUCUGCGCAACAUCUCGCAUGACAGCUUUUUGGGUCUGGAGGAGCUGCGUAUCCUGGAUCUCUCCGACAACCGAUUGGACCGCAUUCCCUCCGUGGGACUCAGCAAGUUGGUUCGCCUGGAGCAGCUGUCAAUGGGCCAGAACGAUUUCGAGGUGAUUAGCGAGGGUGCCUUCACCGGUUUGAAGCAACUGAAACGCUUGGAGGUGAAUGGAGCCCUCAGACUGAAGCGAGUGAUGACUGGAGCCUUUGGCGCCAAUGGCAAUCUGGAGUAUCUGAACCUUUCGUCCAACAAAAUGCUUGUGGAGGUGCAAGAGGGUGCAUUGAGUGGUCUGCCCCAUUUGAGGCAUGUGGUGCUGAAGGCCAAUGCUCUUACCUCGCUGGCCGAGGGAAUGUUCCCGUGGAAGGAUCUGGUGACUUUGGAUCUCUCGGAAAAUCCCCUUUCUUGUGAUUGCCGAGUGAUGUGGCUGCACAAUCUGCUGGUGGCCAAGAACGCCAGUCAGGAGGAGGUUUCCGAGCUGAUGUGCGAGUUCCCCGAGCGUCUGCGUGGCGAGUCCCUGCGUCAUCUCAAUCCCGCUCUGAUGGGCUGCACCCACGCCGAUCCCCGCAAGCAGGCGCUCAUUGGAGCCCUUCUGGUUGGAUCCGCUGCCACAAUUACCGCCUUGGCUUUGGUUUUGUACCGCUGCCGUCAUAAGAUCCGUGAGACCAUCAAGGGCGGUCUGUGGGGAAACUCGGCUUUGGGUCGCAAGGAGCGUGAGUACCAGAAGACCUUCUGCGAUGAGGACUACAUGUCGCGCCACCAGCAUCAUCCCUGCUCCCUGGGCAUCCACUCCACGUUCCCCAACACCUACACUGCCCCUCAUCACCCGGGUGCAGCUCAUCACUACGGAAUGUGCCCGAUGCCGGUGAAUGAUUUGGGUGCCGUGGAUCCCCAGCAGAAGUUCCAGCAGUUGGCGGUGCCCACGGCAACAAUGGUCAGUGAAAAGAAGUUGAACAACAACAAGGGUUUGGUGUCGCAGGGAGCCAUCGACGACAGUGCCUCGUUUGUGAUGCACAUGAAGUCGGCCACCAUGGGACGGGAUGUCCAUCAGCAGAAUCCCCAGCUGAAUCACUACACUAAGCCGCAGUUCCUGUCGGCCACGGCUGCAGUGGGUGAUUCCUGCUACUCGUACGCGGAUGUGCCCAUGGUGCACGGCCCCCCAAUGGGCGCCACAAACCAGCCGCAACUGCGUCUCACCCAGGAGCACUUCAAGCAGCGCGAGAUGUACGACCAGGAGAUGGCUGGCGAGAUGUUGGAUCACAACUACAUCUACAGCAAUACGCACUACUCGAUGCCGCUGGAGCAACUCGGUCGCAGCAAGACGCCCACGCCACCGCCGAUGCCUCCAGCUUUGCCCCUGCGGAAUGGCCUGUGUGCCACCACAGGACGCAGGUCCUUCCAGCAGAAGUCCGCCUCCCAGAAGCAGCAACAACAGCAGCAGCAGCAGCAGAACAACAACACCCUGCGUCAGUUCACGCACUGAUCCUCGACCUAUCGACGCAGGCAGCUGAGCAUCUAUGCUUAGUAGUCCGCUGCCCAACACUGUGAUGCCAAAACCCCCCAAAAUACCCACUAAGCCCACUCCCUCCCUCAACCAGACACAACUAGCAUAUAGUUAGAAAUAAGGAAAACAUUGUAGUAGCUGUAAUCGGAAAACCUAGGCAUUAAGUCAGAGAAAUACUUGCCUUGUACAUAUACACAACUUUAGAGCACUCUUUCGAACCUAUAGAACACUGAAGGAUCUCCAAUUCUAUCAGCACUUUGCCACACUACUGUUUUCCUCCCCCUCCGAGCAUAAGUUAAUCGUAGUCCCUAAGCUGAAUUGUAAAUGAUAUAUACGAGUUUAGAUAAACUAAAGACAACAAAGCACUGAGAGUCAUCGUAAGCUUAAUUUUAACUUAUUUAAUUUAUUGUUAAACGCAAAAUCGAAUCAAAUGCAAACAACUAUUUAUGUAUUAGUUAGACAAGAAAUUUAUGCAAAUUUAAGCGAAAACAAAAUAUCAACAGAGAACAAAAAUAUACGCAAUGAAAACAAAAACUC